UAAAUAAUCAACAAGGCCUUGUAAGUUGAAAAAGGCAAGAUUCCUUCCUUUUUGGUGAAGGAACAAUGGCUACAACUUUGUUUCGAAAUCCUUCGGCAACUGUUUUCACAGGAACCCAAUUUCCAGUUUCCAUUUCCAAGUAUGUUUCAAAAGAAUCCUCGCCUUGUUUGCAAUGUAAUCACAAUCUUAGAAACAGAGCAAGUAAGCAAAACAAGGGGCUUUUACAAGUCAAAGCUACUGUGGCAGAUGGUACCCAAAGCGUUUCAAAGACUACUGAGAAGAACGAAUUUGAUGGUAAUCAAGUGGAGAAGAAGAAGAAGAAGCUGAGGAUAUUGGUUGCUGGGGGAGGUAUUGGGGGGUUGGUUUUUGCAUUGGCUGCAAAAAGGAAAGGUUUUGAUGUGGUGGUGUUUGAGAAGGAUUUGAGUGCUAUAAGAGGCGAGGGGCAAUACAGGGGACCAAUUCAGAUUCAAAGCAAUGCAUUGGCUGCUUUAGAGGCUAUUGACAUGGAAGUUGCAGAGAAAGUUAUGGAGGCUGGUUGCAUCACUGGAGAUAGAAUUAAUGGACUGGUUGAUGGGGUUUCCGGAACUUGGUACAUCAAGUUUGAUACAUUCACCCCUGCAGCAGAACGGGGGCUGCCGGUUACAAGAGUUAUUAGUAGGAUGACUUUGCAAGAGAUCCUGGCUCGAGCGGUUGGCGAAGACGUAAUUUUUAAUGAGAGUAAUGUUGUUGAUUUUGAAGAUGACGGAAAGAAGGUCACUGUUGUUCUGGAAAAUGGAAACCGUUAUGAAGGUGAUCUUCUGGUUGGAGCUGAUGGAAUAUGGUCGAAGGUGAGGACCAACUUAUUUGGGCCAACAGACGCCGUAUACUCGGGCUACACUUGCUACACUGGUAUUGCAGACUUUGUGCCAGCUGAUAUUGAAUCUGUUGGGUACCGUGUAUUUUUGGGACACAAGCAGUACUUUGUUUCCUCGGAUGUUGGAGCUGGAAAGAUGCAGUGGUAUGCAUUUCACAAGGAACCGCCUGGUGGUGUAGAUACCAAUGGUAAAAGGGAAAGGUUACUUGAAAUAUUUGAUGGUUGGUGCGAUAAUGUGAUAGAUUUGUUAGUUGCUACUGAUGAAGAUGCGAUUCUUCGACGUGACAUAUAUGACCGAACACCCUCUCUAACAUGGGGAAGGGGGCGUGUAACCUUGCUUGGGGAUUCUAUCCAUGCAAUGCAGCCAAAUAUGGGUCAAGGGGGAUGUAUGGCCAUUGAGGAUAGCUACCAAUUAGCGUUAGAACUUGAUAAGGCAUGGAAUGAAAGUGUCAAGUCGGGGACGGCUGUUGAUGUUGUAUCUUCUUUAAGGAGCUACGAGAGUGCUAGAAAGCUCAGAGUUGCGAUCAUCCAUGGAAUGGCAAGAAUGGCUGCAAUCAUGGCUUCAACUUACAAGGCUUAUUUAGGUGUAGGGCUAGGUCCAUUAUCGUUUUUGACAAAAUUUCGGAUCCCUCACCCAGGAAGAGUUGGUGGCAGAUUUUUCAUCGACUUGGCGAUGCCUGUAAUGCUCAGCUGGGUUUUAGGUGGUAACAGCUCAAAACUAGAAGGAAGAUCCUUAAAUUGCAGACUCUCAGACAAGGCAAGUGAUCAGUUGAGGACAUGGUUUGAAGAUAAUGAUGCAUUGGAGGGGACUAUUAUUGGAGACUGGUACUUGUUGCCCGUUGGAAACGAAGCAGUUACCUCACAACCUAUUUGUUUAAGUAGGGAUGAAAACAGAACUUUCAUGAUUGGGAGUGAAAAGAACGAUAAAUUUCCAGAAACGUCAAUAGUGAUACCUUCAAAGCAGGCAUCCAAAAUGCAUGCUCAAAUCAGCUAUAAAGAUGGUGCAUUUUUCAUAGUUGAUUUGCAGAGCGAGCAUGGGACCUUUAUCGACCAUGGAGGAAGAAGAUCGAGGGUGCCCCCGAAUGUUCUUACUCGUCUUCGUCCCUCUGAUGUUAUCGAGUUCGGUUCCAAUCACAAGGUAGCGGUCCGGGUAAAGGUGAUGAGAUCACAUCCGAAGAUGGUUGAAAAGGAAGCUGGUGGAAUCCUUCAGGCAGUCUGAAAAUCCAUAAACCUGUCAUUUGUCGAAAUCAUGGCAUUGUCCAGUAUUUAUCUACAGUGGAGUGAUUGAAAAAUCUACAUUUUUAUUGAAGUUACACAAAGAAGUCAUAUACCCCUGUAUCACAACAGAAACUGGAAAUUUCAACCGGAAGUAUUGAAUGAAUAUGUGAACAUUUGAUGG